GAAAUUCUGAAUUCUGAAACGUGUCGCGUGCCUGGCUCUGAAUUCUGACCUGUGUUGUGUUAUCCCCUUCCUUCCCUUCUUCACUCGGAGUCUCGGAGAGCGCCAUGGCGAUCGUGGCCGCCCUCGUCGCGCCCACCGCGGACCCCCGGAAUCCACUCAAGCUCGCCGCCGGCCCUCAGCAUCGCCACUGGCGCGUCGCCGCGGCCUCGUCUUCGUCUUCCCCGGCGGCGGCGGCGUCCGGGGUGGACCUCCAGGCGCUGCGGUCCGCCAUCGAUAAGAAGGACAGCAACGAGGCCAAGCGGACGCUGGACGAGCUGAAGGAGCUCGGGUGGGCCAAGCGGUGGAGCUCGCAGCCGUACAUGUCGCGCCGCACGACAUCUCUGAGGGAGCUCACUACCCUUGGGAUCAAGAACGCCGAGAACCUCGCCAUCCCAAGUGUUAGGAACGAUGCAGCGUUUUUGUUCACAGUUGUCGGUACCACCGGAUUCUUGGCCGUCCUUGCAGGCCAGCUCCCUGGGGAUUGGGGCUUCUUUGUUCCCUACUUGACUGGAAGCAUUUCAUUGAUAGUAUUGGCUGUCGGAAGUGUUUCCCCAGGUCUUCUGCAGGUCGCCAUUGGAUCUUUUUCUGCUGUCUUUCCUGACUAUCAAGAGAGAAUUGCUAGGCAUGAAGCAGCUCAUUUUUUGGUUGCAUACUUGACUGGCCUACCUAUUCUGGGAUAUUCUUUGGACAUUGGAAAGGAGCAUGUUAAUUUGGUCGAUGAGCAGUUACAAAAGCUAAUAUACAGUGGCCAGCUUGAUCAAAAGGAAUUGGACAGGUUAGCUGUAGUGUCAAUGGCCGGACUGGCUGCUGAAGGUCUAGAGUACGACAAAGUUGUUGGCCAGUCAGCAGAUCUUUUCACCCUUCAGAGAUUUCUGAACAGGACUAAACCACCGCUAAGCAAAGAUCAGCAGCAAAACCUUACAAGAUGGGCUGUCCUGAUUGCUGCGUCACUUCUGAAGAACAACAAAGCGGCCCAUGAUGCCCUCGUUUCUGCUAUGUCGGAGAAGGCCAGCGUGCUCGGGUGCAUCGAAGCGAUAGAGAAUGCCUCUUGAUUACAGUGUGACCCGAUUGUCCUAACCUGAUUGAAGCAGUUAUUUUAGAGAAAAGAAGGGAAAUGAUGUAAAAUGAAGCACAAUCUUUUUUUCCCUGAAUGUCAGGCUGAAAUACAACCUUCAGUCCCUCACUCUUUGGCAGUAGUUUACUGAGGCGUCCCUGAACAUGUUGACUGUUGACUGCUGAUUUAAGCAGUAGUACAGAUAUAGAAAGUGUAAGCAAAAGACUCCAGCUAAAUGCAAUGGAAGUCAAGGCCGCAA